CACCCCUACUACACUCAGAGGAACUCCUUCCAGGCGGAGUGCGUGGUGCCCUACAGCGAGCAGAUGGCCAGCAGCACCUUUCCCCGCAGGCACUACAGCUCCCACCACGAGCUGAAGGACGAGUGCUCCCUGGUGCCCCACGGGGCCCCCAACAAGUCCAACCGCAUCCCCGCCAACCUGCUGGACCAGUUUGAGCGGCAGCUGCCUCUGAACCGGGACGGGGACCACACGCUGCAGUACAAGAGGACCGCCCUGGAGCACCGCAGCGACAGCCCCGGCCGCAUCCGCCACCUCGUCCACUCCGUCCAGAAGCUCUUCACCAAGUCCCACUCGCUGGAGGGACCCUCCAAGGGCAGCGUCAACGGGAGCAAGGCCAGCCCCGAGGAGCCGCAGACGAUGAGGUAUGGGAAGCGCAGCAAGAGCAAAGAGAGGCGCUCGGAAGGUAAGCCCAGGUCCAAUGCCUCAGGAUGGUGGAGUUCAGAUGACAACUUGGACAAUGAUGUUUGCAUUUAUCAUGGUCCCAGUGGGGUCAUGACCAUGGGAAGAUGCCCUGACCGUUCUUCUUCCCAGUACUUUAUGGAAGCCUAUAACACUAUUAGCGAACAUACUGUGAAGUCAUCCAGAAGCAAUAAUGAUGUCAAAUGCUCUACCUGUGCAAACCUGCCUGUGAAUUUGGACUCCCAGUUAAUGAAGAAAAGCUCUUGGUCCUCCACAUUAACCGUGAGCAGAGCCCGUGAAGUUUACCAGAAAGCAUCAGUUAACAUGGACCAGACAGUGGUGAAGGCAGAGACGUGUCAACAGGAACGGUCAUGUCAGUACCUCCAGGUUCCUCAGGACGAGUGGGCCGGGUUCUCCCCGCGGGGGAAGGAGGAGGAGAUCCCCUGCCGGCGGAUGCGCAGCGGCAGCUACAUCAAGGCCAUGGGGGACGAGGACAGCGGCGACUCGGACACCAGCCCCAAGCCCUCCCCCAAGAUUGCUGCGAGGAGAGAGAGCUAUCUCAAGGCCACCCAGCCGUCCCUCACCGAGCUCACCACCCUCAAGAUUUCCAGUGAACACUCACCAAAGCUUCAGAUCCGGAGCCACAGUUACCUGCGGGCAGUGAGUGAGGUGUCCAUCAACAGGAGCCUGGACAGCCUGGACCCCGCGGGGCUGCUGACGUCCCCCAAGUUCCGCUCCCGCAAUGAGAGCUACAUGAGGGCCAUGAGCACCAUCAGUCAGGUGAGCGAGAUGGAGGUGAACGGGCAGUUCGAGUCCGUCUGCGAGUCGGUGUUCAGCGAGCUGGAGUCGCAGGCGGUGGAGGCCCUGGACCUGCCCCUGCCCGGCUGCUUCCGCAUGCGCAGCCACAGCUACGUGCGGGCCAUCGAGAAGGGCUGCUCCCAGGACGACGAGUGCCUGUCCCUGCGCUCCGCCUCCCCCCCACGCACCACCACCACCGUCAGGACCAUCCAGAGCAGCACCG